CGAAUGCAGUUUCUUCCAUUGAGUAGUGCUUAACCAAGAUAAUAAUUUCGUACUAACGGGUAUUGAUUUCAUCCUAAAAAUCUUUAAACAACCGAAGUAUAAACUGUCAAUUCACUACUAACUAAAUUGAAACAAAAUUGUCAUAAAUCACACUUGUGGAUGUGUUGAAUCAUUAUUAAUAGGACGUCAACAUAUUGUUCUCGCAGCCGCCCGCAUAUAUGGUUAAAUCCAUAUUCAAUAUGGAGUCGGAAAAAAGACGGUUAAAAGGAAACACAAAGCCUCUCCUUUCCAACAGCGGACUUGUUAAACCUCCUAAUUACACACGGAUUAAAUAAGGCGGCGAAGGAUUUUAUUUAUUGGGGAGCCAGCCAGCCAGCCACACUACGAAGCAGCUCUCAACUCUUGUGGAAAGAUUGUGUCGAAGAAACAGCCAUGGAGUUUCUGAAGCUCUGCCUGAGUUUGGUUUGCCUUUCUCUCGCCGGAAGCAGCAUCUCCGAUGUCUACCUCAACCAUUUCCCGGCGGUGAAGUUGCGGCAUCCGUUCGGGCAAGCAGUGAUUCCGCCACCGAAGCUUGAAGCAAGGUCACCACAUGCUACGCUUCGAUUCCGCGCAAAUAUUAACCGGACAAAGGUGGUGACCGUGCUUGUUGACAGCGGGGCUAACAUCAAUCUCAUUAAUGAACGUUUAGCAGUCGAUCUUCAGUUGAAAGCAACUCCGCUAGUACAACCGUUGAGACUUGGAACGGUGAACGGCGAGCAGCUGGCUUGUCGAACUAAAUACACGGCGGUGGUGAUGGAUAUUCAAGGGUUGGAGGUUUCGGUUACUCUGUAUGCUCUGCCGAUUGCAGGGGAUGUCAUACUGGGAAUUCAGUGGUUGGAAGAGCUCGGGCCUGUUAUCUGUGAUUGGAAGCUGCGCACCAUGAGAUUUACGUUGAAGAAUAAGGAGCGUUUCUUGCGGGGAAUACCCUGAUCAGGAGCCAGGAACCAUGGCUUUAAAAUUGUAAUUAUACUCCUAAUUAAAAUUGUGCAGAAACUUAAUAUGCCAUACUAAAAGUAACCAAUAUGGGGUUUCAAUCCCUUAAGCAGUACCUAAUCACAAAAAAUAAACCUAUAUCACCCUUGUAUGGGGAAAAAAUCAAUUUAGAUUCAGUUGGGUACCACGGUAAUAGGUUAAUUUGCCAUUCCUAAUCAAGAUAAGGCAGGUAC